CGGGGGUAGGCAGAAUGACAGUAUUCCGUCUCGUGUACGCAGACGUCGUGUCCACAUUGCGAUCGACACGGGGGCACGUGACAUGCGGCAGGACCCGGUUGCCGUGUCAGAGGACGAGAUGGGAGAUCCUUCCAACGAGACGCAGUGCGACCCGGUUCAUGCAGAGGAGCUAGCCUCGAACACUGAUGUGAUAGCGACGGAGGAGGAUACAGGGUUCAGGAUCACUCAUCCCCGGUCGCCAGCGCCGGUUGUUGGCAUAGAGGAGGAGACGGAGUUCGGAGGACCCGGUCCACUCCGCCAGGCGCAGACUCGGUGCACUCCAGCAGGCACCCCAGUCCACUCCACAGGAGCGGGUUUGGAGGACGGCGAGGCACUACGUGAGCCGCCGCCUCACACGAGUGACGGCGGUCUAGAGGAGGGAGAGGUUGCACCCACUCCCACUUGUGGAAAGGACGGUAAGGACGAACGUCCUCCGACGGACCACCACGUCGACCUCUACUGCCAGCCCGACAGUCUUCCGCCCACCGGCGAGCUAUUCACCAUGGAUUCCGCCUUGGCAUGUCUGCCCGAUAUAUCUCUACUGAUAUCUCCCACUUUGCCGGUUGUGGCACCACCGGAGCCUGCGAGACGAGAUGACGCGCGUCGUGACAGAGGGUUUAACGAGUUCGGCGGCGACACGAUACUGCGUCCUCCAGAGUCUGGCACUCCCGCCAUUUUUCAUGUCGGUGCACCGUGGGCGGUGGAGCAGGGGUUGGCGGAGGAGGUAGCACGGAACCAUCGUGGUGGACCGCACGUCACAGCUCAACGUAGUCUGGAAGGUUCACUAGAGGCAGCGUCUGGAGAUUUUUUGGGGCAGGGGGGUCAUGGUUCGCAGCUGUUAUCGGACGACGUGUCAUCAGUCCAUCCACCAGAGGAGGGCCCGCAGCAAGAGCCACAUCGAGGGCCAACGGAGACUUUAGAGGCGAGGCCUCCCGGAGUUAUCCGCUCGGACGGAGAUGUGCUCGCGGGGGCGCGAUCGAUUGGCAACGUCGAUGGCACUUGUCAUGAUUUCAUGAGAGCUUACGAGGAGCAGCAUGGAAGGCCUAUACGGGCCAAGACGAGCGAUGUUAACGAUAUCAGGACGGCAACUGCGAGGCUAUCACGGGCGAGGAAGAAGGGAACAGUUGUGUCGAUUCCGUAUCACCGGCGCCGCCUGCAUCCUUAUUUCUGCAACAGGGACGAGACCAGACAGAUGUCAGCUGCCGAAGAUGGACAGGGGGGGGCGGAGGGAGGUGACAGAGUGGACGAAGCAGGUCGAGGUGAGAAGAGACGAGGCGGCACGAUCAUCCUUCACGACGACAGUUCCACAGCCGCUGAGGGCGGUGAGACCACAGGCGCCGACGAUCCUGAUGACUCCGAUUACGUCCCGAGGAUCCGUACGGCGGACGGCGAUGACGUCGGAUAACAGAAAAAAUGUGGAAAAAAUCCAUCAAGUUUCCAACUCGGUGCCCAUGGUGGACCAGCGUUGGAACGACGAUGAAUGCCUUGCCCAACCGUUGGA